CCUCGCCCUUGCAACACUCUGCGAACCGCCUCCAGCAGCAAAUCUCCCGUCUAUCCCGCAGACAGGACCACGAGGAAACCCCCAAGAAACGGACGGACCUUGUUGACAAGAUGGCUACCGGCGCGCAAUCUUUCUACGAGCUGUACCGCCGUAGCAGCAUCGGCCUUGCGCUGACGGAUACGCUCGACGACCUCAUCAGCGAUGAGCGCAUCAACCCGCAGCUGGCGAUGAAGAUCCUGGGCAACUUUGACCAGGCCAUUACCGAGGCGCUGCAGAAGAACGUCAAGGCGCGCCUGCAAUUCAAGGGGAGCCUCGACACCUACCGAUUCUGCGACGAAGUGUGGACUUUCCUGAUCAAGAACGUGACGUUCAAGAUGGACAACGGCAGCCAGUCGGUGACGGCCGACAAGGUCAAGAUUGUUAGUUGCAACGCCAAGAAGCCGGAGUGAAAGCAGCCAGCUUUGCAGAAGCGCAGGAUCGCGACCGAUCGACCAUCGAGACUACGGCUACAGAUUGGGAAUGAGCCGACAGAAUGGGGAAUUUGCAUUGGGCGGCGUCUGGGUCAUGAUUUCAAUAUCUAUACAAUACAAUACAGGAUAGCUACGGGUGGUUUUUGCCAGGGCAACCAGCUAUUUUGGGGGGAUACCAAGCCUCACAGGGCUCCCGAAGGAACUUUGGGUUGUUAAGAAAUAUAUACACGUAUUACACGACCAAAACUAGAAUGACACAAGCUUUGCGCAACGCUUCACGCUGGUUCAAAGCAUCUCGGCUGUCGUUUUAAAUCCCCGGAUUCUGGAGUAACGGCUACUGCCGUG